AUGCCUGGCGUUGAUGCAAUUAUCACUACAGAUGACACCAGAAUUCUGGGUCAGGAUCCGUUGAUCCCCCCGGCUCUGCUGCUCUCUGAGAUCCCCAUGACCCCCACUGCCGCCGAGACCAUUAUCAAGGGCAGAACAGAUGCCGCCAACAUCGUCAUGGGCCAGGACGACAGACUACUGGUUGUAGUCGGCCCCUGCUCCAUCCACGACCCCGAAGCUGCCCACGAAUACGCUGGCCGUCUCAAGCAGCUCUCCGAGAAGCUCUCCGGCGAGCUCUGCAUCAUCAUGCGCGCCUACCUCGAGAAGCCUCGCACAACCGUUGGCUGGAAAGGCCUGAUCAACGACCCUGAUAUCGACUCUUCCUUCCAGAUCAACAAGGGCCUGCGCGUUUCCCGCAAGCUCUUCGUCGACCUGACCUCCAACGGCAUGCCCAUUGCCACCGAGAUGCUCGACACAAUCUCCCCCCAGUUCCUUGCCGACUGCAUCUCCGUCGGCGCCAUUGGUGCCCGAACAACCGAGUCCCAGCUUCACCGUGAGCUUGCCUCCGGUCUGUCUUUCCCCAUUGGCUUCAAGAACGGCACCGACGGUAGCCUUGGCGUUGCUAUUGACGCCAUUGGCGCUGCCGCCGCCAAGCACCACUUCAUGGGUGUCACAAAACAGGGUCUCGCUGCCAUUACUCGCACCAAGGGCAACGAGCACGGCUUCGUUAUCCUGAGAGGUGGAAGCAAGGGCCCCAACUUCGACAAGGACAGUGUUCAGGCAGCCAAGAAGAUGCUGCAGGACAAGGGCCAGAAAUUGGCCAUCAUGAUUGACUGCUCUCACGGCAACUCUCAGAAAGACCACAACAACCAGCCCAAGGUUGCCAAGGUCAUUGCCGACCAGGUCCGGGAAGGUGAGCGCGCCAUUGUUGGUGUCAUGAUCGAGUCCAACAUCGGUGCGGGCAACCAGAAGGUUCCCUCUGAGGGUCCCGCCGGUCUGAAGCGUGGCGUCAGUAUCACCGAUGCCUGCAUCGACUGGGAGCACACCAUCACUGUUCUGGAAGACCUUGCUUCUUCUGUUCGCGCCAGAAGAAAGGUCAACUCAGGCGUGCCCAGCGAGGCGGCCAAGGUGAGCACUUUGGAGGAGGAUUAA